AUGCCGCCCCUCCCACCAUCUCCCCUGAACCUCUCUCACCGCCGCCCCUCGGACACGGACGACUCACCAAUCUCUCCCGGGACAAGAGGAGUCAAUGGCUUUGCUCUUCAUAGCCCUCUUACACCUCUUACACCUCGCUUGUCUGCCCCGCCAUCUCCCAUCACCUCCCGUCGGGGCACAACCGUCAUGAACGGGACUCACCGAGAGUCCGUCGAUUUCUCCGCCGAAGCCAACGGCGCUGGUUUAGGGAACCUUGCCGAUGAACUGGCCGACGCGUGGGAGCAGGAGGAAGAAGGUUACGACUAUGCAUCUGGGCAAGAAAUGGGGGCCGCAGGGUCUCAGCAGCUGGACCAUAGUGAUGAAGAGGAUGGGUACAUAGAAUCCGCUCACGAUAUGCGCGCCCUGUCUUCAACGGUGGACUCACCAGAUCGCAGGAAUCGACUCCAUGCCACUCAGCUUCGGCAGCACCGGCGACAAGAAUCCCACUAUGAUGGAUCGGAUUAUGGGAAUGACUCGGAUCUCGAUGAGGCCGCGGAUAUCCCCCCCGCCCUAGAGAUGCAAUUGGCCGACAUUGAGAGCCUGGCGCGCCGAGGCAUUGAGAACAAUGGAAGCGAGAGCGAUAAUGUCAUUCAACGAACGGUGGAGGCACUCCGAGAUCUUGGUGGACAGAGUGGCAUUGAAAAUAGCGCCAUGCGACUGAUCACCGCCCAUUCCUCCAUCACAUCCCACCUCACUCACCAAACACGCACUCUUCAAUCUUUAAUUCACCCACUACUCUUCUCGCCAUUCCCCCUCCUUUCCGAAGACGCCAUCGACUCCCUCAUGCCCCUCAUCGAUGAAGGCCUCCUGCCAAACCUCCCAUAUCCAUUCCCCGAGGCGCCCCGCAGAGGCUCUCGACCCUCAACUCCCUCGCUGCAAAACAUCCACAACCCCCUUGUCUCUCUGCAAGCUCUUGUCACACAGACUGCCGACAUUACCGCCUCCCUCCGCAGCCUCGGCGACACCCUCUAUGAGUCUCGCCAAUUAACAUCCACGGCAUCUCGACGCCUCCGAUCUGCGCGUGAACUUGUUGCGGACCUCCGGCGCGAGGAAGAAAGCCUCGAGGAAGGUUCGCGAUGGAUUGAGCGCGGCGAGUGGGACCGUCGGCUUAAAGCUCGCGAGGCAGGUCAGGAGUGCAGAGACGUCGUCAGCGGUUUUGAAACUGUCUGCGGCGAGUGGCGCGAGAAAUUAUUCGGGGCUGGCGCCGAAGUGGCCGCUGCGUAG